UAGGCGAGCGUGUCCUGCGCGAGGCCCCACGUCCGCCAUGGCCGCGGUGACGGUGGCGUUACUGGUGGGCCUGGCGGUCUGCAUCGUCGGCCUGCUCAUGCGGGCCGUCAAGAACAAGCAGACCUCCAGCAUCCCGGGACCGCCCGGUCUACCCUUCGUCGGCCACGUCCUGCAGUUCAUGACCGUGGACCAGGAGCUACUGUUCUCCAGGCUGCUGGAGAUCGUCGACGGCCGUCGCCUGACCCAGCUGUACAUCAUGAACUACCCGGUGGUCAUCACCAGCGACCCGGCCUGCAUCGGCGAGGUGGUGCGCCGCAAGGACCUCCUGGACAAGUCCUACUUCCCUUACUGCUUCUUCCGCGCCGCCUUCAAGGACGGCAUCUUCGUGCUGAAGGGCGCCGAGUGGAAGCAAAGGCGCACCUGGCUGUCGCCGGGCUUCAGGAAGAGCGUCCUGGACUCGUUCAUCGGUGACUUCAGCGCCGUGGCCAAGGCCUUCCUGAAGACCGUGCCCACCGGCGAGGACGUGGAGGUGCGGGAGCUGCUCGCCGACCCCAUCACGAGGGCCUUCAUGCUCACGUCGCUGGGCGACGGCAGCGAGAAGGGCGAGGAGGCCCUGGCCGCCGUGGACUUCAUCGAGGAGUUCUUCGCCGCCAUCAUCAAGCGCGCCGUCAACCCGAUGCUCUGGCCGCACUGGCUGUUCAUGCUGACGGCGGACGGGCGCAAGCUCGACAAGGCCAAGCGGACGUUCGACGAGUUCACCAGGCGCUUCAUCACCCGCAAGCGCGAGGCCCUGAGGAACAGGAGAGCCUCGGACGCCCACCUCAAGCGAAGGACGCUCUUGGACUUCAUGAUGGACACGCCCCAGCACCAGGAGUCCAUGUCCGAGGAGGCCAUCCAGGACGAGGUCAAGAACUUCUUCAUCGCCGCCGCCGACACGUCGGCGACGGUCCUGGGCUGGGCGUUCAAGAUUCUGUCGCUGCUGCCCGAGGUGCAGGAACGCCUGCACGCCGAGAUCUGUGACGUGUUCGGGGACUCGGAGAGGGACGUCAGUAUCGAGGACAUCCCCAAACUCAAGUACAUGGAGCGCUUCCUCAAGGAGGUGAUGCGCAUGUUUCCGCCCGGCGCCGUCAUCGGGCGCCAGUGCUACGGCCAGACGACGCUCUGGGGCCACGAGAUCCCCGCCAACACCACCAUCGCCAUCAACAUCUUCAGCGCCCACCGUGACCCCCGGCACUGGUCGGAGCCAGGGCGGUUCGACCCGGACCGCUUCCUCCCGGACGCGGCCAGGAACCGCCACCCCUACGCGUACAUGCCCUUCAGCGCGGGCAGCAGGAACUGCAUCGGCGGCACCUACGCCAUGUACCUCAUGACCACCUUGCUGUGCAGCAUGAUCAGGGACUUCUCGGUGCUCCCCGUGGACGACGGCCACGUGGACCUGCAGAGCCUGUCCGACCACUUGAGCAUCAACGUGACGCUGAGGCUGCGUGGGGGCUUCCGCGUCAAGUUCCGCUCCAGGGGCGCCGGACUCGGGCCGCACGCCCAGCCGACGGCAAGCCGACGGCAUGCGGCGUGGAAUGCUUCGAGCUGAUUAAAAAGCCGGGAGGGAUGCAAAAGUGAAUGUCAGUCAUCACGCAAACAUGACGUCAUGUUCAGUUUCUCACUUUUAUGGCAGUAGACUACGAGGGGCAAACAACAUUUGAACAAUCUCAAAUUCAAGUUUUCCCCCCAAUAUUUUACGUCAUUUUGUGGGAAAACGUACACCGAAAUUCAAGUUGUUUCCCUCUCAGGUCAAUAUAUUUAAGGUGAAAACUUUGUGAAAGGACCAUUCGAGUUAAACAUCUGUGCAGAAAUUUUUGCCAACAAGGGAAGUCUGAGGAGUCGGGUAAAGCAAGUAGAAUGCUUUUCUGCUGCUAUCUACUUUUGAACCCUUGUGGCUACAAAAGACACUUUCUGGGGUGGCAGCGGCUGAUCCUGCUUUGGUUGUAUGUAAUAAACCAAGGCACUGAAAUUUUUGCGGUGUGCAUUUACCGGUGGGAAGGGGCAAAUAAUAAAUGACAACACCAUCGGCUUGAAA